AUGGCUGCGACAAAUCUCCUGACACCUCCCAGUCCACGCAUGCAGGACGCAGUCAACUCCAUUUCUUCCGGCACGUCUGCAUGGGGCGAAAUCACAUAUUCGUCCGCAGCGCCAAGCACGACGUCCAUGACACUGCGCCGCUCGUCUUCAGCCUGCGACUUGUCGGAGAUGCCAACGUUCGAUACCGCCAAGACUUACACUGUAAGCCCAACACUUUUCGGAUUCCAGCUCACCAUCUCCUACGGCAUUACCAAGGUUCCGCAGUGGCUUCAUGACUCUACCGGCCGUAAUAUUCAGUCAAUACCUGUCUCAUCUGCCUCCGGAACCAACGCGGCUGUUGAGCUCUCGCCUGUCAAGGUGAGCGUCGUCAUGCUCAUCGUUACUUUUGUAACUCUGUGGCUCGCUCAGUUUAUCUCCGAAGACCUCUCAAGCUAUGAUACAGCAAGCCUAUUGCUUUGGCUAGUGUUUGGCGGUUAUGAGCAGCCAAGGCCCGAUGAGAUGCUGAUUUUAAAACCGCUUGAGUCGCCAUACGCCACCACACCUGAACAUCUUCAAGAAAUUGGUUCUCCAGUCAUCGUCAUCACUCCUCCAGAAGACACUCGACCCGUUGUUGAUCAUGACGCCAAGCUUAUCACGGUCGUCGAGACCAUCAACUUUCCGGAAGUGACUUCGGAUAUCGUCGAGCUAUAUACCCCUCGGAUGCAAGUUUGGCUGAAGGAGUCGACCCUCGACUUCGUUCCCGAGCGAGACGUCACUUCUGUGGAUGGUAUCGCAGAUUCACCGAGUCAAAUCACACCCUCCGAAGGCGUCGUCCAGGCGUCACAAUUGGUCGUCCAUAGUAAUGACACUAAUGAUCUUCUCGCCUCACCGAUGGUUUGGGAUGAACAAGAAGCAUUUCUUAGUUCUUUGAAUGAACUUCCUGACCUCGCCACUGAUACUCUCGGUCUUCAGCUAGCAGCCGUCCUCCUCGAGCAUGACUUCCCCACCUUCAGGAUCAGUGAGUAUUUCUGCGCAUCGAACGACGCUUGUCAAGUCGGGCCUGUUUAUUUGCCUGGUUCUGAACAAGGUACUGAGUUGAUGUCUUGGCCAGAUCGUCCUGUGGCAGCAGAUAGGUUUGACAUCGACUACAUGCGCGAUCGGCUCCAGAAGUAUCUUCCAAGACGGACAAUCGACAAGAUCGCUUCCAUGCAGUCGGAAUACUGGUACAGAACCCGAGAUCAAAGCGGCUUCAACGUAUUCGUUCGUGAUCUGGAAAUAGAAUGGCUUAGGCUGGCCAAUAACGGACCUUCCAGUUACAACCUUGAAUAUAUCAAGCUCAUCACUGGACAGUCCCAGAAGCGAUACACGCCUGAGUGUCCGCCCCACUGGCGUUUCCAGUACUCACCUAACGACUCGGCCAGGCCAUAUCUCGAUUUCGAAGAGGAGUUUGCCAUCAAUGAAGGCAUUGCUGAUUACAACUUCAAUUGUAGAACAGAAGAGGUGGUUGGCAGAGUACAGAAUACCCUGCGAACAAACGAACAAUUUCGAAAGGUAGACUAUGGCAGCAAGCCCAUCCUGCAAUGGAUCAGCAACGUCGAAGAGAAGUUGUUAGUCGAUCCACAUGUCUACGGACGGUGCAAGUGUGGCGAGGCCGCCAUGGAACCUGUACGAUGGUAUCGUCGACAGGAUGAGAGCCACUACAAUCCGAAGAAGCAGCAGUCCUUCAAGAAGUUCCCUCUUCGUCAGAUGUCUAAAGACGAGUCCGACGAUCGCUACGUUUGCGAUGUUGAACAGCGAACGGCAUAUCCCCGGAGCCAGCAGAUCACGCAAAUCUGCAAGCAGCACAGGACCGUUACGGAUAGCAUCUUCGUUCUCGUUGACACUUCUGUCGAAGACAUCAACGAUCGGCUCAGCAACCCAGGUAGCAUGCUUCCCGCCCCUGGCAGGAGACAUUCGUCAAUCUACCCCGACGGCUGGCAUGUCAAGAAACAUGCCGUACAGCCUCCAUUCGAGCAGCGUCCUCCCCGCUGUCGGCACGGGUUCCUUCACAGUAUUUCCUGUUCCGAGUGCUUUCCACGCCAUCAUUUCGCUCAUAAGUGCCAGGAGUGCAUCGAGUACUGCUUUGCUAUGAACGUAAAACGCCCCAACAUAGUGGUGCUCGACGCAGCUGUGGAGGCUACACAAGGCCACCAGAACUUCGACCUAGCACGGGAUGCCCAGACUAGGCACCGGAAAAAUCUGCUCGAUAUCUUUAAGGGAGCCAAAACUCCUCAACACUCUCUUACAUCUCCUUCUCCUGCUGUUACACCAUCGGCUGGACGGAGGCGUGAGUAA